UUCGCAGAAGUUGCAAUUUUACUUAUUGACAGACGGUCAGCACAGCAAAGAAUGCAUUAUCAAUUGAUAAAUAUACAGUGAUAUAGAACGGCAAGGGAAUUAACUUAUUUCCACUAUCCAGAGGAGUAAUAUAAAAAUCCAUACUGGAAAUAUACCGAAACCGAAGGUGAACAAAUUUUGCUUCUAGUCAUGAAAACAUUGGAGGAUAUUCAAAACGAAUUUCCCCUACACUGGCUGGUGUGGAUCAACAACGUAGAUGAGUUAAAACGGGUGUUGAAAACGGAAACGAUUGACAAAGAAAAAGUCGAUAACCAUGGACGAACACCAUUAAUGUUAGCCGUAAAAUUAUCACAUUUACAGUGUGUCAAGUGCCUUUUAGCGGCUAAAUGUAACGCCAGCUUCGAACAUGAAGGAUGGUCAGUGGUACAAGAAGCCGUUUGUUCAGGAGAUGAAGCUAUAUUAACUGCUAUCAUAGAGGUCCGCGAUUUGCAGCGUCAUAUUCAACGAGUAACACAUGUACCGAAAUUGCUACAACACUUAUUAGACGCUCCCGAUUUCUAUAUUGAAAUGAAAUGGGAAUUCACAUCUUGGGUACCCCUCAUGUCUCGGCUUUGUCCUAGUGACACCUACAAAGUUUAUAAACGUGGUGCGAAUGUCCGAAUCGAUACCACAUUGCUUGGUUUUGAUAACAAUACUUGGCAACGAGGGAAUCGCUCUUACAUUUUCAAAGGAGAAAAAGAUUCUGCCGUAAUGAUUGAAAUCGAUCACGACACUCAUGAAGUAAUGGAGGAACAAAUGAAUAGUGAUAUAGGAGACAUUGUGGCAAUACCACCCCCGAUUGGAGCUGUACGUGCAAGGCUAAAUGCGCCUGUUAUUACGAAUAACAUUGAAAUUGAUAAAAUUAGCUUUGAACGUAACAAAUCAGGGAUUUGGGGCUGGCGUAGUGAAAAGUCCGAAGUAGUUAAUGGAUAUAAUUGUAAAGUUUAUGGAGCGAGCAACGUUGAGUUUAUAACGCGCACACGAAUGGAUCAUUUAAAUGAGGACCAAAUAAAGAAUAAAUGUGCGCGCACGCCAUUGCAUAGCUUUUUAGGUAUUGCUGAUGAUGAAGUUUCCAGUAUACGCUCUAAUGAGGGAAUAAAUUCCAAAGAACGGACACCUUCUCCGUCCGUUGAAUCUCGAUUUCGAGAAGAAAGUUUUGAAAAUUGUACGGGGGAGGAGAAUGCCAGUUGCAGUUCAGGUACGAAUUCACCCAAGUACGUUAUUACUCCAGAGGAAUAUUUUUCUGUCGAUGUCGAUUUGGACGGACGUGACGUUGGGCGUUCCAAGAAAAUCACUACUAAGGUUCAGAGGUUUAAGGCUAACUUAUGGCUCUCCGAAGAGUUCCCUAUGCGAUUGCAAGAACAAGUUCUUCCUAUAUUAGAUUUGAUGUCAACUAUGGCGAGUCCACAUGUUUCCAAAUUGAAAGACUUUAUCACUAUGCAACUGCCGUCUGGAUUCCCGGUGAAAGUUGAAAUACCGUUGUUCCAUGUCUUAAAUGCAUGUAUCACAUUUGGUAAUGUGUUUGGAAUGACAAGCGCUGUAGAAAAUGUAACUACUAUUAAUGAAGACGAUCGCAUAACUUGCAUUGUGGAUGAUCGAUGUUUUGAUAUACCAACCCAUUACGCCAAUAGAGAUGUGGACUUAAGGCGACAAUUGCCGAUAGAUGAGGAUGAUAUGUUACAAUACGCUAUUGAACAAAGCAUGGCGCAAACCACGAGUAGAGCUGUUUCUAUACCAAAUAUUGCAGAGGAUUCGGAUAAAGUGGAUAUAUGGGAAGCACUGCGUGGACAAGGAACUGAUGGAAUUCCAGACGAAGACGAACAGUUACAAAGCUACACCUCAUCGUGGGCGUACUCCAACACCAACGAAUCAAUUCAAACCCGACAUAGCUUACAUGAAAAAAAUAUUUAAAUAGUUGGGCUUUUAUAUAUAUUAUCGUCUGUCUGCUUUAAAUGUCAUUGGCAACAUUUUCGCAGUGUUUAAGAUUCCACGUCACUGUGUGAAACGACUUUAUGUAUUCAUACUUACGUUAUCAAUCACUAUUUAAUAAAUUCAAUAUUAGCUAAUUUAUAUAUGAACUCACUAGAAAAUUUAAAAUCAUUCGCAUGAUAUUCAUAUACGAGUACAUAAUAUGUACAUAUAUGUAGUUAGUGAAUGUCUUUAGUAAAUGCUACUUGCUUCGUAUUUCCUAUCCGCU